AUGGCCGCGGAGGAAGAGCCGAAGGUCGGCUCCAAAAGGAGUCGAGAAGAAUCCGGCGAUGACGACGUGGAAAAGAAGGUCGCCAAAGAGGAGGAGACCAAAGUGACCGAAGAUGCGGCUGGCAAGGAGAAGACGGAGGAUGAGCUUGGCAAAGUCGACGAGGGUUCGGACAAAAAGUCCGAUGGAGCAGAGCCCGCGAAGGUUGAUAAGCCCUCAACCUCGCUGUUCGGCUCCGCAAGCGCCGGAGGCGGCUUCGGGGGCUUCGGGGGCUUCGGAUCUUCCAGCACCGGCGGUGGUUUUGGCGGUUUCAGCGCCGGCGCAGGAGGCGGUUUCGGUGGCUUCGCCAAGUCCGCGUCCACCGAUGGUGGGUUCCCUUCUCUCUCGUCGGUGUUCGGCGACGCAAACAAGCCCGUUCAGCUCUUCGGAAAGCCCGCCGCCGACGCGGAGGACGAUGACGGUGACGAGGGCGACGAGGAUGCGGAGGGAGUGACCGACAAAUAUUACAAGCCCGUGGUCAAACUCCAAGAAGAAGACGUCAAGACGGGCGAGGAGGAGGAGGAGUGCAUCUUCGCCUCGGAGGGUGCACUAUACGAGUUUGUCGCCGAGGAGGGCAAGGGGUCCACGUGGAAGGAGAGGGGCCGGGGGGAGAUGCGCAUCAACCUCGGCAAGAACGGCGGUGCUCGUAUGGUCAUGCGCGCCAAGGGUAACUUUCGGCUCAUCCUAAACGCGGCGAUGUGGAAGGACAUGAAGUUCUCCAAGAUGGAGGGAGGGAAAGGGGUGAGCUUCCCGUGCAAAAACGCGGUGUCCGGCUCGGACGCGAAGGUGUCCACCUUCGCCCUCAAGAUGCGGGUGAGCGCGACCAACGUCGUUCAGCAGGUGGAUGCAUUCAUGAGCGCCACACGGAAGGCGCUCGACGCCAUACAGGAGGAUACUAAGAAUCAGGAGGUUUGA